UCGCGGCGGAGGAGAAUUUCUGGUUACCGCGUUGCGUUGGCGAUACGAUCGAGUGACUGCAGCUCAGAAAAUAGUACGAAGAGGACUGUUUUCGGCGUUUGUUGUCAGUAGUUCGUGACUGUCAAUGUGACAGUGGACUACCAUAACAACCGGUGGCGCCUCUGAUCUCGCUUCACAGAUUACUUCACCAUGGAAGGCCUCUACAAUUACAGUUGCUCUUCCGGGCUGCUUCUGCCGCUGAUAAACGAGUACACGUGGUCGUCGGGUACCCGAGCCUUCCUAUACUUGCUGGGUCUUUUUUAUUGUUUCCUGGGAGUUGCUAUCAUCGCUGAUAUCUUCAUGUGCUCCAUCGAGAAAAUAACGAGCAAGACACGCAAGAUUAUGCUGUCCACUGCCAGUGAAACUGAACCAGAAGUGAUCGAAGUCAAAGUGUGGAACGACACUGUUGCUAAUUUAACACUCAUGGCUUUGGGUUCAAGUGCUCCAGAAAUAUUGCUGUCCAUCAUCGAAAUCGUUGGAAAUGGGUUCACUGCAGGGGACCUAGGUCCAGGCACUAUCGUCGGAUCGGCAGCUUUCAAUCUACUUGUCAUAUGCGGUGUCUGCAUUGUAGCACUACCAUCCGGAGAAACAAGAAGGAUCCGCACCUUUAGCGUAUUUAGUGUGACUGCUUUCUUCAGCAUUUUUGCCUACAUUUGGUUGCUCAUCGUCUUGCUUGCUGUCUCACCACAUGUUGUUGAGAUCUGGGAAGCUGUCAUGACUUUCCUUUUUUUCCCUAUAUUAGUGGCAGUCAGCUAUGCAGCCGACAAGGGAAUGUGCAAAGUCAAGCUUCUAACCAAACCGACUAAACAGCUGGAACUUGAUUCUGCAGCAGUACCGAUGAAAAAAGAAGAAUAUUUUCCUAAAGGUGAAGUGAAUAAAGAUACUCUGAUAAAAUUUAUCAAGGAGGUACGCAAACACCCUGCUUUAUCAGCCGAGGAUGCGGCGUGCUUGGCGGCUGUCAGGCUUGUUGAAGAGAGCGAGCAUACACGAAUGUGGUACAGAGUUGGUGCUAUUCGUGACUUGACGGGCAGCAAGAAAGCCAAGCCCAGGUUGAGCAAAAAGCUUAGAAAGGUAUACAAUCUCUUGGAUCAAGAGGGAGAUCAAGUAGAUGGGAAACCAGCCGUUCCCACAGAGCAGAAAGACAUACCCAUAUUGAACUUCGCGGCUGCUACUGCUGCUGUCAUGGAAAACGCAGGCCGCGUUACAGUUAAAGUCAAGAGGCACGGCAGAAUAUCUGGUACUGCUAGGUGCAGAGUGGAGACUAUAGAGGGAACAGCAGUGGCUGGCGAAGAUUACGUUCCCUUGAAAGAGGUCCUGACUUUCGCAGACCAAGAAACGGAGAAGGAGAUCCACGUAGAGAUCGUGGACGACAAUCAGUGGGAACCAGACGAGACUUUUUUCCUUAAGCUGUGCAUCUUACCGGAAGACGUGGGUACAGUGAUGCUUGGAAGAGUUUGCAUCAUGGAAAUCACCAUCUUAAAUGAUGACGAACCUGGUGUUCUUCAGUUCAAGCGCCGAGGUAUAUUGGUACAAGAGAGCAUUGGCACUGCAUUGAUUCCUGUGAUGAGAACUUCAGGAGCCGAUGGAAUUGUGACUACAAAAUGGAGGACGAUCGACCGGACAGCCGUAUCUGGCAAAGAUUACAUCGGAGGAGAAGGCGAAAUUACUUUCGCUCACGGUGAGGUCGAGAAGAACAUUGAGAUUCAGAUCAUCGACGAUUUCAAUGCCGAAAAAGAUGAACAUUUCGAAGUAGAACUCUACGAUCCUUCAGGAGGGGCCAUUAUCGGACAAGUCAAUAGAUCAACUGUUACCAUAACGAAUGAUGAUGACUUUAAUUCUAUCGUAAGUCGUGUGGCCGCAAUGACAAAUGUGAAUGUGGAUAGUGUGAGACUUCAGUCCGAGACAUGGGCUGAGCAAUACAGGGCGGCACUUACGGUCAAUGGAGGUGAUAUAGAAAAUGCGACAACUGUUGACUAUGUACUUCAUUUCUUCACAUUUGGAUGGAAGGCAAUUUUUGCAGCAGUACCUCCAACAAGCAUUUGUGGUGGUUGGAUGACGUUCUUCGUAUCCCUGUUACUCAUCGGGAUACUGACAGCCAUCAUCGGUGACAUGGCAAGUAUCUUCGGUUGCCUGGUUGGUCUAAAGGAUGCUGUGACAGCUAUUACAUUUGUAGCACUCGGAACCUCAUUGCCCGACCUUUUCGCUUCCAUGGCUGCUGCAAAGCAGGAAAAAUAUGCCGAUAACGCAAUUGGAAACGUCACCGGAAGUAACUCUGUCAAUGUUUUCCUUGGACUGGGAUUGCCAUGGUUGAUGGCGAGCAUCUACUGGGCAUCUAAAGGACAGAAAUUUGUUGUUGUAGCUGGAACUUUGGGUUUCAGUGUUGGCAUCUACACAGCUUUGGCAUUAGCCUCCAUAGCCCUCAUAGUGGUAAGAAGAUACACUGCUGCUUUCGGCAAAGCUGAAUUAGGUGGGCCACGGAAAUUUGCUUUAGCUUGUGGAAUCACUAUGAUAGCUCUGUGGUUCCUAUAUGUUCUAUUAUCAUCAUUUGAAGCUUAUGGAUAUAUCCAUGUAUGAAAAAUUGUAUGGAUUUAAGCUCACUUUCAAACAUGUAAAGGACAAUGGAAUAAUGUUUUUAAUAUUUGUAAAUAUAAAUCCGGUCUUUAUUUUGUAUAAUUUUAUAUUAUAAACUACUAUAUACAUAUAAAUUGUGAAGAAAGUAAUAUAUGUAUAUGUCUGACAUAUCCUGAUAUGAAGUUAAUGUUAAAUCAAAAAGUAUGCAACUUAAUAUGCUUGGGAAAUUUAAUGAAGCAUAUGUACAUUCACAAAGUUUUAAAUUAUUAGUAUUUUCACUAAAAAAUUACUAAAUGGAGCAGCAACUUAAGUAAUAAAUAAAUUCAUAAAAUAAAAUAAUUUCUGACCCCUUAAAGUUGAAACUUAAAUUUACGUAUGAACUAAGGGAAUAGAAAGUACAUUUUAUUAUUUACUUAUUUUUAUCUUUAUCUACAAUGUAUUUUUAUCUACAAUGUAUUUUUAAUUAUAGUUUAUUAUGUAUUAAUUUGACAAUGCAUUUAACCGAUUAUUUUUUCAAACAAUAUCUAAAAAAUAAAACUGAAUUUUCUAUUUUUUGUUUUGACCUCAGACUAAGCAUUGAUUCAGCAGAUAAAAUAUGAGCCACAGAAAAGUACAAUAUCAAACAUCAUGAUUAAUUCAUUUUAAUUUAUUGCUAGAUAAUACUGAGGUUUAGAAUUUAUAUACUUUGAAUGAUGAUUAGUUUACAAAAAUCAUUCUAUGUAAUAUUUUAUUCAAAUACUAAUUCUAGUACAGUACAAAGUCUUUAAUCCGGACAUCCAUAAUCCGGACCUCAAAGCUAUAAACUUUCUGUGCAUGCAUAAAUGCAUAAUGCAUUUACGCAC